UAAAAAAGACUCACUAGGACAAGAAAGGUUCAAUCACAACACAAUGGAAGUGAUUAAAGCUUAGCUAAACUAACAGUUCCAUGGACAACUUUGAAGUUUGCAGUAGACACAGCGAGAGAGAUGAUGCCGGAACCUACAUCAAAACCGCACAGGCCCGAAGAGAACACAGCCGGAGAACAGUCCGAGGGACCGCGGACCGUCCCGAAGGCGACUCGAACCAUAGAAUAGGCGAAGCAGGGUUGACCUUGCCCUGGUCCGGCCAUCACUAGCGGUAGAGUCCACUCCAGACGCUGCAAUCUCAAGAAGAUGACAAACCGUUAUCCCGGUAAUCCAAACCCGACGAUGAGAAGCCAGAAGUUGAAGCACAGGUGGGUAACAAGCAGAUACAAGCGGAGGUUUUAGCAGCUCGACUCCGGUCCCAUCACGCUAGCAGAGCACAAAAGGUACCAGCUUCAGAACAUCAAGAGAGGCAGGAUACAGAGGCCUUCUUCCUUCUGAAACUUGAAGAGCGAAGGAACAUGAGCUCCCAUCAGCAGGCGAGAGAGGAGAAGAGACCCAUGAAAGAGAGCUGAGAUAUCGCAAAGUAACGGCACGAAACUCCGAGCUAUCCCGACAUCCCUCGAUAGAUCUGGAUCCUAACAAGACGCCAUGGUAGUUGUCGAGAAAGUGUACCAGAAAGAAGUCCCCAGCGAAGAGUCUCACCAUCGCCUUUUUCAUCUCAGAACGAGUCACGAGACAGGGAAGUUCUUACCUUUAGCAAUCGUAGGAGGAGACAGAGGAAGACAGAGGAGGCAGUGAACUGACCGGAACGGCGAAGGCAGCGACGCUUAUCCAUUCCGGCGACCCUCCGUGAGAGAUCUGACCCAGAUCCGCUCAAGUCAAACCCUAGAUCUACUUCCAAGACGACGCCUCCUGCUCAGAUCUGACUCUCCACGACCUCGCCAUCACUCCAGGAAAGCUGAGGACGCCCUCAGACGCCGGUUUAGUUCGCCGGAUCCGGCCGCUAUCCGACGAAAACCAGAGUAGAUGAAGCAAGGAGGAAGUGGAGAAACUGAAUCGUGAGAGGGGAGAGACUGGACACAGUAACGAUUGGGGUGGCGACCGACGGGUAGAGACCUCCGUCGGCCACCGGAGCUGAUGUCAGAUACGAUUAUGAUUAUUAUUAGUCAUAAUUACGAUUAUGAUUAUUAUUACGAUUAUGAUGGCUGUUUUUAUCUUGGUUAUCCACGCCCGCCUAUAUUCGGUGAUGUUACAUGUCUAGUUACGGCUAUAAGAAACAUUAGAGCAUCCACAAUGGGAGCUCUUAAGGGAAUCCUUAGAGGGUGUAGAGCUCACUUUCUUAGAGUUUGUGCAAAAAAAAAUCCUUAAAAUCCUUUGAUAAGGAUUGAUCCUUACACUGUUCACGGGUCCCAUUGACUACGUGGCGGCCCGUGAAUGGUCAUCUUUUUUUUUUUUUUUUUUUUAAAUUCAAAAUAUCCUAAGAUUAAUCCGAAAUGCCCUUGUGCUAAGGACUCCAAUGAGUCUCACCGUUGCGGAUGGUCUUACCACCCUUCACUUGUCUCCUGAUUCCCUUGAGGUAGGUCAGUCCUUCUUAUAAUACUAUUAUUUGUUUGUGGUUGUAAUAUAUUAAAAAAUUUAUAUAAUGGAUCAGGUAUUUCAUUUCUGCUGUAAAUCCAUGCCAUGCCUAUGUUCAACAACCUUGUUACUUUAUCCCAUUGAGAGUAACAAGCAAAAAAGUUGGCAAGUGAUGCCACUUCUGCUCAAGUCUUGUCCAAAUCUACAAACUUUAGUUUUCAAGGUAUAUAAAUAUCAGUUUACUUUUUUUUGUUGUUGUUGUUGUUGUUUCCAUUGAAUAAUGUACAUGUCUUAAAUUGGUCUGUUUUCCAGGGUCUUCUUCACAGAGUAACAAAUAGAUGUGGAGAUGCAUGCGCUUGCAACCCGGGUCAGAAAAAGAGGAAGAGGAUAAAAAAGAUGAAAGAAGUAUGUUGUCUCCAGACAUGUCGAGUGAAGCUGCUAGAGAUUUCAGACUAUGGAGGUUAUUUUCAAGAGCUGAAACAAAUGAGUCAUUUCUUGGACAAUUUGGAAUGUCUUGAAACUCUAAAAGUUGGUGUUAACCCGGACAAGAAUAGUGAGUUUGUGCGAGAUGAUGUAAUGGCUCUUCCCAGACUUUCAUCAAAGUGCACCAUUCAAUUCAUCUGACCUUUUCUUUCCUUAACCUCUUUUUUUUGUAAUGUUGCAAAAUUGAUAAUGAUUAUUAUCACUUUAAAUAUCAUUAUUUCAUGUUGCUUACAAUCUAUUAAAAAGGAUAAUAACUGUUUUCACAUGGCCCUUGUGAUUCUCAAGAACGAGAACUUUUAAAAUGUCAAACAAGAAGUUAUUGUCGAUGGUCCAAAGGAUUUUCUCACCUUGUUGCUCAAUUUCCACAAUAAUAAUAAUCAAAAUACGUAGAGAAAUAUUAUCAUAUAGCUCCGUAGUUUUAGUUUCAGAAGAAAUACUAAAUAAACGUUACACGUUCAAAUUUGAAUUGU